GUGCCUGUGCCGUUCAGCCCUCCUCCUCUAUCAAUUGCACUUGGAAGCUCCCGCGUGGUUCAGACUACGUCGUGAAAAAGCUCUGCCCCAGCGACCACAACCCGAACGGCAGAACGGAGAAAAAAUAAUACUUGGAUCUGCUGGCCGGCCUCGACAAACAAGUACCACUAUAAUAUCCCACACAUAUCCUCUGCAGAUCGACACCAUGCUCGCUACACCAGCACCACCGCGCCGGACCCAGUCCUCUCCCUCGAAAGUCUGCAACAUGCACAAUCACUCGGAUCCUUCGUGCAGCCACGCAUCGGCGCUCGCCCGCUCCCUACUGGCCAUCGCCACCACCAACCUUGCCGCGAAGAACGAAGAAGAUGACUUCCGGGAAUCUGGACUAGAGCCACCCCAGUUCCAGCUGAACAGGGAGCGGACCUUCUCGAAAUUCCUGGCCAGCCCGCAGAGCCCGUUCCCUUCAUCCGCCUUCUCCGACUACGGCUCAAGCGAAUGUUCGUCGGCCGCAUAUACACCGUCCGACUCGGACAACGAGGAUGAUCCCUUCGAGUUCGACAACGGUUCCCCGCAGCCAAGUGGUCGCUUCGAUAGCGACGCAGGGGUGGUCGAACAGCCCCAGAGAGAUAACUUUAGCCUCUUUGCGGCGGCCAUCCAGAUGAAUUCGUUGACCUACGACUUUGUGCUUCCUAGCUUCCCACCUCAGAAAUUGGUCGAGCGCCGUCCCAACAGGUUUGGUGGCGACGCCGUCACCCAAUCCGCCGCUGCUUCCACCGCCACGGCAGAGGAUCCGUUCGCGGCGAGCUUCGCCAACCAGCUACGAUCACCAUCACAACAAGAGCAACUCGUUCGCCGGGGUUCCAGAUAGCAGACAGACGCCACGGACGGUUCCGAUCCUUCGCCGGAUAAACACCGACGACGCCAAUCUCGGUCGCGUAUCCAAGUACCCAUCGUUCAGCCCAGUCUCGGACGAUAUAUGGCCCGACACGGCUGUCACCGUCCGGCUGCGCCGCCGUCCUUCGUCUACCAGG